AUAGGACAUGACAUAACAAUUGACAUAAAACAUAUGAUUUUAUUUGGCAGGUGACUAUCCAGUAUACAGCCAUUUUCAAUAAAGGAAAAACUUAGCUAGACAGAAACUUUUAUUAGUAAUAAUGAUAAAUUUUAUAUAUCAAAUAUUAUAAAUAUAAAUUAUUCAAUAUGUAACUCUGAAUCAAAAUAAAUCUUUACUCCCUAUUUUUAUGGAAUAAUUGUAAGUAGACUAUCCGCAUUAAAAAAGAAGACAAGUAGUUCGUAUAUUUCGUAGUUCAGUUAUCUCAAUGAGAUGGCUACCGUAUUAAAUUUAAGUAAAUUUCAUUUAAUACUAUUAAAUCAUAAUUUAAGAUUUACUACAUACAAAAGAAAAUUAUCAUUUAAUUUGCAUAAAAAGAAGAUAUUAAACCCAUAUAUAGUUGGAACAUGUUCUGUACAAAAGGAUUACACUACAAAACUUGAAAAAAACUCAGAAAGCAAAACUGCCCAGGGUGGUAUUUUGGCAGGAAUUAUAAGUAAAACGAACAACAGUGCUCCAAAGCCUCAACCAAUUAGAGGAUGUUUUCACCCAGGAGCUUCAGCUUUAGCGAGAGAAUCUAUACCUUUAAAAAAUCAUACCCCUGUUACAGGAAUUCAAAUGAUACAAAGCAUGUUACAAUACAUUUGGCCUGCAAAUGACCAAUAUUUACGAAAUAGGGUGAAAUUAGCAGUGUCUUUACUAGUCGGAGCCAAGCUAAUGAAUGUUUGUGUUCCUUUUAUUUUUAAAUAUUCCGUGGAUUAUUUGAAUGUAGGACAUACUUUAAAUAUGGAUACAGCUCCUGAGACGGUAGCCACAAUAGCAACUAGUUUAUUAUUAGGGUAUGGUAUAGCUAGGGCAAGUGCUGCAGGUUUUAAUGAAUUAAGAAAUGCAGUUUUUGCCAAAGUUGCACAACAUUCCAUUAGAAAAAUAGCAAAAAACGUGUUUCUCCAUCUCCACAAUCUAGAUCUGGCCUUUCAUUUACAACGACAAACAGGUGCUCUUUCUAAGACAAUAGAUAGGGGAUCAAGAGGUAUAAAUUUUGUAUUAACAGCUAUGGUGUUCAAUAUUGUUCCUACGAUUUUUGAACUUGCCUUGGUUUCUUCCAUAUUGGGAAUUAAAUGUGGAGCUAUAUUUGCAGGUAUUUCAUUGGGUUGUGUUAGUAUUUACACGUUUUAUACUUUAAUUAUAACACAAUGGAGAACGCAGUUUAGAAUAUUUAUGAAUAAAGCUGAAAACGAAGCAGGAAAUAAAGCUAUUGAUUCACUAAUAAAUUAUGAAACCGUAAAGUACUUUAAUAAUGAAAAAUACGAAGCGGAAAGAUACGAUAGUUCGUUGAAAAAAUAUGAAUCCGCCAGUUUGAAAACAGCAUCUAGCUUAGCUUUGUUAAAUUUUGGACAGAACGCUAUAUUCAGUGCUGCCUUAAGUGGAAUUAUGAUUUUGGCUGCUAAUGAAAUUCUCAAAGGUAAUAUGACUGUGGGAGAUUUGGUUAUGGUAAACGGAUUAUUGUUUCAACUAUCGAUACCGUUAGGAUUCCUGGGAAGUGUAUAUAGAGAAAUUAGACAAGCCCUUAUAGAUAUGCAAACCAUGUUCACACUUAUGGCUAUGGAUAGUGCCGUUAAGAGUAAACCUAAUGCGCCUUAUUUACAUGUCGAUACAAAAAAUUCUAUAAUAAAAUUCGAAAAUGUAUGCUUCGAUUAUGGUUCCGGAAAGGAAAUUUUUAAAGAUUUAAAUUUAACUAUUGAGCCAGGAAAAAAAGUUGCCAUUGUAGGUGGAUCGGGAUCAGGGAAAUCAACUCUCGUUCGUCUACUAUAUCGAUUUUACGAACCUUCUAAAGGAAGGAUACUAAUCGGUAAUCAAGAUAUCCGUGAUGUAGACUUGGAAAGUUUACGACGUUCAAUAGCCAUAGUGCCACAAGAUAGUGUUCUAUUUCAUGAUACUAUUAGACACAACUUACAUUAUGGUGACCUACGUGCUGGUAAUGAAGAAGUCAUUAAAGCAGCGCAAUUGGCGGAAAUUCACGAUUCAAUAAUAAGUUGGCCCGAAGGUUACGAUACACAAGUCGGUGAAAGGGGGUUAAAAUUAAGCGGGGGAGAAAAACAGAGAGUGGCGAUAGCCAGAGCCAUUUUGAAGAAUUCUCCCAUUCUAAUAUUCGAUGAAGCUACAAGCUCGCUGGAUUCUAUAACUGAGCAUAAUAUCCUUCUGGCAUUGAGGAAUGCAACUAAAGGUCGAACUAGUAUUUGUAUAGCUCACCGUCUCAGUACGAUCAUGGAUGCUGAUGAAAUUAUAGUUUUGGAAAAUGGACGAGUUGCAAAUACUGGUACACAUAAAUCUCUACUCGAGAGUAACGAAGGUCUUUAUUGGAAAUUAUGGAGUACUCAAAAUCAAACUCAUAAGUUCAAUGAAAAAUUACUUUAACUUAAUUUAUUUUCAAACACAAAAAGUUGAGAUCUGGAAUAAUGUUGAUAUUUUAAAGAAAAUUGUCCGUUUAGUUUGAUUCAUUUUAAUUCAGUAAUUUUUUUUAUAACCAGGUAAAAAUUUUAUGUUGCCAACAUUUAAUUGGAAAUGUAUUUUAAGCGAAAUACGAUGUAAGAAUGAAUCGGAGAACUUUCCUUUUCAGACUAAAAAUAUAAAAAUUACAUGUCACCAGAUUUUUCUUUUAGUUAAAUUGUGGAAACUAGUUUUUCGAUGAUGAACGUAACAAAAAAUUCAUUUAAAAUAUUAUAAUUGUUCCAUUUCAAUUUAUUUUUUAAAUUUGUGGGUUUAAUAUAAUAAUCCACUUAACAAUGGCAUAGUUCUCUGUCAUUUUUGUUUUUAUUUUGACAUAGUACUAUUUUCCACACUAAAAUUUAAUUUUAUGGAAAUAAUUCAGUCCUCAAAUUUGGUAUGAGCCAUUCCAAAAUUAAACUUUUUAAAUACUUGCUUAGUAUUUGGAAUAUAAAAUAAUUAAUCAACAAAGUACAAAAAAAUGUCUGAUCAUAGUCUGUGACUUCUAUUUUGGUUUCAUCCCUUAGGAGCUCCAAAUAUUUUGAUAUAUUCUAAAGAAGCUUCUCCAGAAUAAAGGAAAA